CAAUAUACUAUUUGUCGCAACAUCAUUUACCCACCCCCUUGCAUAUAUCUAGGACGCUACGCCGUGUUAAUUCCCGCCCCGCCCCGUCCAGAUAGCUUGUCGAAAGGCCACCACCAGCGACGAACGGCUGGGACAGUACCCUGUGUAAAUGCUUCUUACACUAUCGAGCGAGAAUGUCCGUAACGCAACGUUCAUGUCGGACACUGGCCAACCUCUCUACGUCUCCUCCACUCCCUUCCGUUUCGGAAGGUGGACGACCAAGAUUAGCAAAUAUGUGUCCGAUGACUUCCAGCUUCAGAUGGAGGACCGGUUUGAGGCAGUGGGCAAGAUCAGAUGGCCCAUCUUUGGCUCCGCGAUGUUCAGAAUAGGGGGGAAGGAUCUCAGGUCAGAUUCAUUCCUGAGAAGACACGGUAUUACUGGGCGGAAGCGAACCUUUAAGGGCCCCGACGACAGACGCUAUAGAUGGGACAUGCAUCGCCGCAUUGUCGUUCUCUCUUUGGAUGGUCCGAGUCGCAGGGAAGUGGCUCGUUACCGUCGCUCAACAUUUGGAUCCUUCAACAUACUUGGCGUAGAGAGUACCAAAGCAUGCCUGGAGAUCUCACAGGAGGUGGAACACAUGCUGGAUUUAGUCAUCCUCACGUUUAUUUACAUGGAAAAGCUAAGAAUGGACAGGGAAUGGUGGGAAAAGCUGGGAAGGAGAUGAUGACAAGUACCCCUGCUCACUUCGGUGAGGCGUGGGAGAAUAUGUGGUGGGCUUGUACGUAUAGUUUUUCUUCUUUUCGUUCAUAUAGAUGUGAACGACUUUGAUGAAGGCAAGGACUCGUAACUUCUUACGCGCUAGCGUGGACUGCUGUUUCGUCAUCCAUUCGCUGUUUCUCUACAUAUAUAAAAGGAUCCCGUUUUGCACCUGUGAUGCCCCACUCU